AUGCUGACUCUUUCAGAUGCAACUCAAUUCCCUGGAGAAUUGCAUUCUGGGGAGUAUACUGCAACGGAAGGGGACGAACCUAGCUACUUUGAUAACAAUUCCAAUACAUACAAAUCCACUGAUAUGAUACAAACACUUGGAUCGCCGAUUAGGAAUUGGUUAAAGGACGAUCAGCAACAUCUUGAAAGCUGCUAUAUUGGUCCCGAGAUUACGCCACUGGAGCGUCAGUUCCUAUGGGCUGUAGAACGUGGAGAUUCGGGCACUGUUCGUAGGCUGCUCGCUUAUGCUGGAAGAGUAAAUUCCAGAUUUCAGCCGAUGGAAUCAUCACCAAAUUCUCUUGGAUUGUCACGCUUAUCAUAUCAGGAUCAGCCGCCAAUCGCUGAAUCUGCAAUGUUUUCAGCACGAAAGCAAAGGUUAUGUAAAUCAAGUGGAUCAGUUCGGUUUGACAAAAGCGUCGAUCUAGAUUUGGAGCAAAGAAGUCAAUUUGGACAAAUGACCAAAGGAAGUGAUGAAAAACUGCCCUUGGCGGAAGAAGAGGAAGAGGAAAAUUAUGAAGUUAAUGACGGAUCGUUUAAUGUGAAUGCAACUAAAAUCUGGAGUUUUGAGAAUGCGGUUGAAAAAUUGAUGGAGAAACAAGAGGCAGAUUUGGCAGCCGAUCAGGCCUGCUAUAUUGCAGACCUGAAUUAUUUGGCUUCGGCUUUUCAGAAAAGGUCCAGUUCAACUAAGACGUACUCCGCGACUCAGGAAAGCCAGAUGGGUAAAUUUUAA